AUGGCAUCAGACUCAUCUCUGUCAAAGGAAGAACCAGCCGCCCUCGCCGAGGCUGACCCUCAAAAUGACAUCCCUGAUGCUGCUGAUCCCGAAAUCGAAGGUGCCCCAGAGAUCCUGGCUGCAGUGGCUCUAGAUGUAGCCGUCCAACCUGCAGCCGCCCUACCAGCAGCGGCGCUCCCUCUAGCUAUCGAAUGGCAGGCAGAAGAACCACCUGUGGCAGCCCAACCUCCAGAAAUGGAAGAAAUGUCUUCAUCCGAUUCGGAGACUUCUGUGAAUUUGGGACCCAGGUCAGCACCUCAGCGACCAUUCGCAGCAGCCGACGAGUCGGCUGCUGUUAUACCAGCUGUCUGCCCAGCUCGACCGACCUCAUUGCUACCCCCCUCACUGACAGCAGUCCGCCCAGAGGGGCCUUCGGACUUAGCUGUCCUAUCGACUGUUCCGGUUCCAGCGGAGGCCCAGACUGUGUUCACUGAGGCCAUUAACCGUCCCCUGUCCGAAUUAAG